ACUCCACGGAAGUGGGAGCAGUCUCUUGGUCAUCCCCUGUACUGUGUCCGCAGUCUCUGGUCAUCCCCCCUGUACUUUGUCCGCAGUCUCUGGUCAUCCCCUGUACUGUGUCCGCAGUCUCUGGUCAUCCCCUGUACUGUGUCCGCAGUCUCUGGUCAUCCCCUGUACUGUGUCCGCAGUCUCUGGUCAUCCCCUGUACUGUGUCCGCAGUCUCUGGUCAUCCCCUGUACUGUGUCCGCAGUCUCUGGUCAUCCCCUGUACUGUGCCCGCAGUCUCUGGUCAUCCCCUGUACUGUGCCCGCAGUCUCUGGUCAUCCCCUGUACUGUGCCCGCAGUCUCUGGUCAUCCCCUGUACUGUGCCCGCAGUCUCUGGUCAUCCCCUGUACUGUGCCCGCAGUCUCUGGUCAUCCCCUGUACUGUGCCUGCAGUCUCUGGUCAUCCCCUGUACUGUGCCCGCAGUCUCUGGUCAUCCCCUGUACUGUGCCCGCAGUCUCUGGUCAUCCCCUGUACUGUGUCCGCAGUCUCUGGUCAUCUCCUGUACUGUGUCCACACAGUCUCUGGUCAUCUCCUG